AUGAAGCGAAAACAGAAUGUCAGAACUGUCUCCAACUACCAGUCAGAGCUGACCGAAGCCGUGCACUGCAGGACCAACACGACAACGCCAGUCCUCGACGUCCGCGUCCACCCCGCCUCCAAGGCGGCCCCACACACCGGGCCGAUCCCGCUCGUCUGCGUACCAGCAGUGAGCAUGCCCAACGCUGCCGGGCUCGUAUUCUACGACGCCGAGGGAGCUGCGGCUCUCGACGACCUGGAUGCCCUGCAGCGCUCGCUCGCCGCCGUCCUGUCGGCAUACCCCCAGCUCGCGGGCCGUCUCCGCCUGACCCAGCCGGGGGACGAGGGCCGGCCCUACACCAAGCGGUACAAGCGCACGUGGAUGUCGUACGGACAGGCUGACGACCCGGGUAUGCGCUUCACGGUCGUCGACGAUGCGCGCAGCCUCGCCGAGAUCCUGCCGUCCCCUCUCGAGGGUCACAGCGGCAUCUACCAGCUCGAAGCCGUCUACGACCUCUCCCUCGGCCCCGAGCUGUCCAAGCCGAUCGAUGCGCCGGGCCGCGGGGACGGCGGCGACGGCGCCACGGCCGGUGUCAAGAUCACCCGCUUCACCGACGGCGCGGCGCUGUGCUUUGCCUCGUCGCACGCCCUGUUCGACGCCGGCGCCCUCGGCACGUUCCUGCACGACUGGACAGCGGUGCAUGCCGAGAUCGCGGCGGGCAAGACGCCAACCCUGCCGUCCAGGCCGUUCGACACGGACGCACUCGAUGCCCUCGCGGCGGGCGACCUUGAUGCCGACGCUGCCGACCCUGCGCUCGUGGAGACGGAGGCCGCGCUCGACGUGUUCCGGUACGACUCGUGGGCGCGCGACCCCACCGGCAAGGACAACCCCCCGGCCCCGCUCGAUGCGGCGCUCGUCCCGCCUGCCGAGGUCGACGCGCUCGACGCCGCGGCUGGCCGGCCGCGCGGCACUCCGCCGCCAUGGCAUACCGCCUCGGGCGCCAAGCCGCUCACCUACGGCCUCGAGUUUUCUGCCGACGACGUGCGCCGCAUCCACAAAACCACGUUGGCUGGCUCGGACAGCUUUGUCUCGCCGCAGGACGCGUUCGCGGCCCACAUCUUCCGCCUUAUCGCCCGCGCUCGUCAGCACUCGCCCGAGACGCAGCUCGACUUUGAGGUUGCGUGCGACGACCGCCGGCGGUUCGACCCGCCCCUGCCCGAGACCGCGCCGGGGUGCUUCAACGUGUGCCUGGGCUUCAACGUGCGCGCAGGUGACGUGCUCGCGCCCACCGGCGGCGUGGUGGCCGCUCAGCGCGUGAGGUCUGCCAUCGAAGGCGUCACCAGCGAGCGCCUUGCAGCCUGGCUCCACCGCCGCGCGCACGACCUCGACCCUACCCGCGAGUGGAUCGUCUUCCCGGGUAACACGACCGUGUGCAGCACCAACUGGGCACGCUCGGCGCUCUACGACGCCGACUUUGGCGCUGGCCGCCCGUGCUACGUCCACAACCUCGUGCACGGCUUCGGAGGAUACCUCGUCAUUGCGCGCAAGGCCGUGCCGCGCGGCGAGCAGGGCAGCAAGUGGUUUGAGCCCGGCGUGUUUGUCGCGCUGUGGCUGGAGGAGGAGGCGAUGGGUCGGCUCAUCGCCGACCCGGAGCUGAGGGGAUGA